AUGGAGGAAGGCGAACUCAAGGAUGGCAAGAAGACACUGUUUAUGAUGUCACCUCGUCUGGAUGCGCAACUCGGUGGCUACCCACCGGAUUGUGGCACCAAAGAGCUCAAGUAUUUGUCGUAUGCAAAAGUUCUUCGUGAUCGUGGCAUGACACACCCAAUGCGAUACUCAAGUACUCGAGUGGAUGCACUGGGUUUUCCCUUGCCAGAGCGAUAUCCGCUUUGCUCCACAAACUUUGGCGCCCAUUCCUUUCACCACCUACCCACAGACUCGGUUGUUUUGAGUCAAUAUGGUCUUGGGAUCGCUCUUUACUUCAAGUAUCUUAAGGUCAUAACGUGGCUAUUCCUCUUGCUCGUGGUGAUUAGUGCUCCAACACUUGCGGUUUAUAUCUUUGGUGGUGGCACUACGAUGGCAGAACUUACUGCUCUUGCGCGUCAGGAUCUUCCGUCUAUCUUGGGUAUCACAAGUAUUGGCCAUCUCAGCGAGGCCAGUAGUGUGUGUGACCAGGCUCUUGAAAACACUGAGCUGUCACUCACGUGUUCAGCAGGUGAAAUUGGUUUUGUUAAAGCGGUAUAUUCAACGUAUGAUUCCCAGGGAAGCUGUUCAUGCCCGGAACGCAACAAAGUCGCUGAGAGUUCUGGAAUAUGCCGUGGUUACGCUGAAGGAUCUACGUGUCCUGUGGAUGGUGCGGGGUGCUUUGUAGGUGUUCACCCAGUCUCACUUCGGCCGUGUUGUUCCUUUUCUAGGGAUGACGCAACGAAGACGCCAUUGUUUGACGAUAUGCGGAUUCAAGAGAGUGAAGAUUGUGGCUCUAGUAUGGCUCAGCAAAUAGUCGAAGGACUGUGUUUGGGAAAGAAGAGCUGCACAUUUAACGUCAGUGAGGCGAUCACUUACGCGUGGGAGCCUGAUGCUAACUACGGCACGAAUUGCUCAAAACCUCCGACUAUUGUCACAAUCGACAGCGUCGCAAACAUCACAAAGGAAGUGUGUGAAGUUGAACUGAAUGAUGAUAGUGAUUAUUCGAAAUGUGAUACCGACAAACCCCGUGCGCUGAUUGUAUACGGACGCUGCUUCACCGCGCGAAUCGAUUUGUCUGGUGCGUGGAACCUUAAAAUUAUCGGCUGGGACUCCUUGAGCCGGCGGGAGUUCUUGGGACUUGCGGUAGGAUGCGAUAUUGCGUGUAGCCUCGCAUUCUUCAUGAUUAUAAUUUGGUUGCGACGGAAAGAGAAAGAAGCGGUAGACCACAUCGACCAAAACCAGAUCAAGGCUCUGGACUACACUGUACAGAUUGUACAUCUACCGUACCAUGACGAUCUCAAUUUGCUACGUCAGGAGAUUCGCCUACAUCUAGAAGCUGCCUUGAGUAACGCCCCACCUUUCGCGGAGGAGCUUGAUCGUAUUCGUGUUGCCGACGUUCAGUUUGGCAAAAGCAAAUCACGUCAUCUACGUUUACUCAGUCGCCGCGGAGUGAUCGUGCGGCGCCUAGAAAUUGCCCAACAGCGUCAUGAAAAGCUGCAACUCUUGUAUGGACGACUAGAUGAACGUGUGUACACCAGACGAGAACAGCGGCACUUGCGCGCUAUAAACCAAUUAGAGACAGAGCUGCAUCGCUUUGACAUUAAGCUAGAGCAGUGGCACGCUCAUCAAAAGCGCUACAAUAUUUCUCAAGCAGUGACCGCUUUCGUGACAUUCGAAGAGGAAGAAGGUUUUCAUCGCUGCCUACAAGAGUACCCAGACCUCGGGUGGCUUCAUCGUCUCUUUCAGCCAUAUUACAAGCGACUUCAUGGCAAACGACUUCGAUUCCGCCCAGCUCCGGAUCCCACCGACAUCAUUUGGGAAAACCUGCACUACGCAUUCGUGGAGCGAGUAUUCCGACAAUUGGCCGUGGCAUUAAUCACGUUGUCAGUGUUGUUUGUGAGUUUCGUGCUCAUUUUUGUGGCGAAAGAGCAGAAAAGUAAACUUGAAAGGCAAUUUGGACGACCAACUAGUUGUCCGACUGAAGUUCUCAAGUCUGAUGUCGUCCAAGACGAGCUGAACAAGGUUACUGAGCUCGUACCAUACAAAGCUCUCGUCGAAUGCUACUGCAAAAAUUUUCUCGUUGAUCACUCUUUUCGAAGCAUGAUGUAUGAAAGUUUUUACAAUCCUGAAACAGGGGAGGAUGAGAUGUUAUGUCGUUCAUGGGCAACAACAUUUGUGACGACCCAGAUUUUGUCAAUUGCUUCGGUGCUGUUGGUUGUGGCAGUGAAUCUAAUACUGGCACGAAUUUUAAAUGCGCUAGUUGCCUUGGAGAAACAUCAUACCCAAUCUAGUCAGGUCGCGUCGCGAGUUACCAAAGUUUUCCUCGCUCAGUUUUGCAACACGGCACUGCUGAUGCUAGUCAUCAACGCAAAUACCAAUUAUUUCUCUUCAUCGCCAACGGUAUCAGAGACGACGAGUGCGGGAGGGUUUUCGCUUGGAAUACUGGAAAUUCUUAACGGAGAGUAUUCAGAUUUUUCAGCAGACUGGUAUAACGACGUCGGUGUGACACUCAUGCUCACCAUGAUUCUCAACUCGUUUAGUACACAUUUGUAUCUCCUGGCAAACUAUAUCAUGCUCAAGGCCCGGCGCUUUAUCGACCGAGGAUACUCUUUCGAUCAUUCUCUGACAAAACAAGACACGCAGCGUGAUCUCGAAGCGUUAUACCGUGGACCAAAGUUCGAUCUCGCUGCACGCUACGCUCAAUCGCUGACGUCCAUCUUCAUCACGUAUAUGUUCUCAGCGGGAAUGCCGCUGCUCCAUUUCAUCGGAUUCGGUGCAAUGUUCAUGACAUAUUGGGCCGACAAAUUCACUUUUCUCCGUGUUGCUCGGUCACCACCUGUCUACGACAGCAAGUUAGCCUCCGCUGCAGGGUCACUACUUCCUUACGCAGUGUUGAUGCAUUGCCUCAUCGCCAUGUGGAUGUUCUCCAACGACCGCGUCUUCGAGUCUGACAGCGACACAACAUUCCAGGAGGCGACCAUGAAUAACAAAUACAGUCCUGGUGAGGGUAUCCCUAUAUUCGACACCGAGCGAGGCCAGUUGAUAUCUCGAGUUACGCGUCCUCAAGUCGUGGUUCUGUUCGCAUUUUUCGUGACUGGCUACACCGUUGUGGUCAUGCGCUCCGUGCUCUUCGAGUACGUGCCAGCGCUGAUCCGCAGCGUCUUUCCCGGUCUAGCUCGGUUACUGGAGAAGCCCCGUGUUGCGAAGGGAAUCCCCAACUACUUCGACGCAAUUCCAACACCGUGCUUACAGGAAAAGUUAGCCGCUACUAGCGGCACGCAACAGCUUUUGCGACCAGAUUUACGAGCCAAGUACGAGCGUGCUCUGCUUAACCGCCUCGCACAAGAAGAACCCAUGCCAAAACUGCGCUCCAAGCGCUCAGCAUCCGACAUAGAACGCUUCAACCAGGCAAAUUGGAUCGUCGGCUGUCCUUCGUAUGCUAUCAGUGACAACAAGGAGUACGUCGCCAAGCUUGCCAUCGACUCGCAUCUCUCCGAACAAAUACCUCUUGACCAGAUCUUCUAG